AUGACAACCACACUGCGUGACGCAUCGCCGAACAUGCCCGACGAAGACCCCCGCGCGCGCGACGCGCGCGAUGACGACGCGGACGAACCCGCGCGUUUGCUCUGUCCCAUCACGCGCGCGGCGUAUCGCGACCCCGUGUUCGUGCCGAGCUCUGGGAACACCUACGAGCGGGACGCCCUGGAAGAGUUCUGGCGUCGCUCUCCCGGACCGGCGCGAGAUCCGCUGACGAACGAACCCGUGAUGGAUCGUAAGGUGUACACGAACUGGGAUAAGCGGCGAGAGGUGGCGGAGUGGUUGAGCGCGAACCCGACGCGGACGCCGAGCGGUUGGGAGACGCGCGAGCAACCGACGCCGAAAAAAGAACGCGAUGGCGCGCCGAACGGACGGACGCGGAUGUUCGGUGGUGAAAACGGUGGAGGUGGUGGCGCGCGAAGAGCGGUGACGAUCGGGGCGGUGGUGGCGCUGGCUCUUUUGGCGGCGAGCGCGGUCGGCGGCGUCGCGUCGCCGAGCGCGUGGUGGACGACGGGGGCGAGAGGAGGCGCGCGUGGCUCGCCGAGGAUGCCCCCGAUCGACGAAUUCGGCGUCGUGCGAGAGAUCAAGGCGCCGGUGGGUUCGAGGAUUCGCGCGAAGAGGGUGGAUCGAGGGUCGACGCCGGCGUUGGAAAUUGCGAUACCGUCUCAGUCGAUGAACACGGCGUCGUUGUUGUUUAGCAUUCCGUGGUUUGCCAUCACGGGGACGUGGACGUACGGGGCGUGGAACGGUGCUAAUCCGAUGUUCGCCUCUUUCAGCCUCCCGUUCUGGGCCGUGGGAUUCAACAUGAUUCAUCAGAGCGCGACGAGCGCGUUUGAGAGCACGCGAUUGUUACUCACCGCGGAUCGAUUUUACCUCGAGAAAACCAUCUUCGAUCGACGCAUGUUCUUCUUGAGAGGGUCAAUCGAUGACAUUGAAAAAUCAGCAGUGGAGACGUACGCUUACGUGAACGGGGUUCCACAGACCAAUCUGGUGUUGUAUCACGGAAUAAAGUCGCACGUCUUGGCCAGAGGACUGCACGCGACGGAGGACGAGUUCAUCGUCGAUGAGAUUCAUCGAUUUCUCAAGAAAUAUCGAACGAAACGAUCUUCAUCGUCGUCAAAUGGUGGCGGAGACGUCAAGAUAGACACCACGACGCCGUACUUCGCACGCGCGCGCAUGUAA